CACAGAUUAUUCAAUGGGAUCAAUAUUUUUUAAAAAAGGAGUAGAUAAACUUCAACCACCAACAAAAUCAUUCUUCGAUUUUGAACUCAAUAAUAUUGAUGGAUAGAAAACUUAACUAUCUUAAUUCAAAGGCAAAAAAGCUUACAUUUGUGUGAAUGUUGCUUGUUCUUGUGGAUUAACAUCUUCAAACUACAGCGAACUUGUGGAACUUUAUAAAACCUAUAGUGCUCAAGGUUUAGAAAUCUUAGGAUUUCCAUGUAAUCAAUUUAUGGGUUAGGAAUCCAAACCUGAACCUGAAAUCAAAGAGUUUGUUCUCUCUAAGUAUGGUGUAUCCUUCCCAUUGUUUUAAAAAAUUGAGGUUAAUGGAUAAAACACUCAUGAAAUUUAUAGAUAUUUGAGAUUGAACAGUUCCUUAAAAACUAGUGCCAAUGAAGCAAAAGAAGUACCAUGGAAUUUUGGAAAAUUCUUAUUGAAUUCAUAGGGUCAAGUCGUGAGAUUUUUUAAUCCAGAUUAGAAACCAAAAGAAAUGAAGCAAGAUAUCGAAAAAUUGUUGAGUCAAUGAUUGUAUUCGUUACAAUAAUAUAUAAAUGUAUGAAUAAUAAGUAUCUUAAAUCUUAA